UAGAUAAUUUCUUGUUCUAAUUGCUUAUAGAAAUUAAAGAAGAAAAGUCAAGAGAUGAAGCAAAACCAAAUGAAAUCAAGAAUAGGAGAGGAAUUGGUUGCUAUAUACUACUGGGCAAUUGUAUUGAAUCAGAGAAAGAAAAUGGGCUCUUCCUCAUUCUGCCACCCAAUGCCAUCUCUCCCCUUCUUCAAAACUAAGAAAUGGUAAAGGGAAUUCUGCAGUUAUUAGCAAGAUGAACAAAAGUGGAGAAAGGGUGGACUCUUUUGCAAAAGGCAUCAGAGAGCAUGUGAGACUAAGGUCUAAGAUAACAGACACUGUGAAAGGCAAGCUGAUCCUUGGGGCAAAACUUCUCCAAGCAGGUGGCGUCGAAAAAGUGUUCAAGAAGAACUUCAGUGCUGUUAGAGACGGCGAAAAGCUGUUGAAGGCAUCUCAAUGUUAUUUAUCAACAACAUCUGGUCCAAUGCCUGGCUUACUCUUUGUUUCUACACACAAACUUGCCUUCCUUAGUGAGAGAUCAAUCAAAAUUCCUUCUUCAACCGGAAAGUCCAAGAGAAUGCAUUAUAAGGUAUCAAUCCCAAUUGCAAAAAUUAAGAGAGCAAAUGAAAGUGAGAAUUUGAAGAAUCCAUCAGAGAAGUACAUACAAGUAGUCACAGAAGACCAUUUUGAGUUCUGGUUUAUGGGGUUCCUAUAUCAUCAAAGAACCUUGAUAUGUCUCCAGGAUGCAAUUUCUCAAGCUCAAUAGCCUUAGAAUAUCCAUUAUAUAUGAUCAGGAACAAGUUGUAUUCUUUCAUUAUAGAAUGUAAACAAAUUAAAGUUGUAGAACCCAAAAAUCUGUAUA